AUGCGUCCUAAAGCUUCGUCUUCUAUGCAGAAGACAUAUGACGAUUGCUAUUUGAUGUGCUCGACGGCUGUAUAUUUCGAGAAUCAGAAUAACGAGUCAGAAGCAUUACGAACUUGGAAAGCCGCCCUAGAUGCUCUCUACUACCACAAUGCGCACAAAGUCCCAUCUACAUAUAUUCCCAAGAACGACAUUGAGCGAGGCCUACAGGAUUCGUUGCGUGAGCUGGAACUACAAUGCAAAGAAAGGGUCAUGCUCUUGGAAACACUACGAGAAAGUCGUAAGGAGGCCGGUAUGGAUGUUGAUGUGAAAGCGGCGUCGACCCAGAAAGGAAAGCUAGAGAAACCCAGGCCUCAGGUAAAUGGAUCUCAGAGCUCCAUCAGUAGUGGUCACUCGGGUUGGAUUGGUGAGGGAACUAUCCCUUCCUUGAGUUAUCCAGAUCUGCCACGGCCACCGGCUCUACCACCUCGAUCCACAACGCAGAGCCAGUCCAGCCUCAAUUCCACAAUACCUGCUCCACUGAGCAGUUCGGGUGAUGUUCGCGGCCUAGGAUUGGACUCCCUACCAUCACCUCCAACACUUCCCGUACCGGCUAUACCCAGGGACACAAACCGGGUGCAAAACCCGGAGAAAAAGAAGACGCUGCUCACUACGCUUCGUGGAAAGGAUCUGAAAUCCCCUACAAACUCCAACACACAACCACGCAAACAUUCGAAGCCGGCUUCUAAAGCUGCUGGUUUGGCUUGGAGCUUUGUUACCCAAUCGAACUCAUCCAAACGUGGUCAAACUUCCCCAGCAAAUGAAUCUGCCCCUGCGACUCCACGGAAAAGUACUUCGAGUGACUCUGGUUCGAAGAGGGAUGUUCUUCCAACUCGCCGGUCCAUCGAUGAAUCUUCAACGCCAGCCCGCGCAUCUCAUCGCCCAGAUUAUUUUUCCGGCUCUCCAAUCACACGAAGAAUAUCUGGAGAUCACACUGCUGCGAGUCUAGCUGCGGGCGCUGCUGCCGCGGCAGCUGCUGCCCAAAGGCCAAUGGAAGCAGAAUCAUCCAACAGCUUUCUUGAUUCUUCUCCGGAGCUCAAGGGAGGACCAUCAGAUAAACCGAAGUCAACAGACAAGAAGAAUGAUUCUGGGUACAGCCCACCACAAUCCAAACCUCCGACGUCUCUUAAAAGCUCCAAUACAGAACCAGCGCGGUCUGUCCCUGCCACGCAAGCCACUCUUCAAUCUCGCUCGAAUAAAGUUACACCAGAUGAUGUUUUCCAGAGGAAGGCAGUCAAAUCAUCAAAUUCUGCGCCUUCUAAACCACGAUCAAACGUGAAAGAUUGUAGAAACGUUGAAAGCCGUAAUAGUGACUUCCCCCCUAACGGCAAGAUGAGACAAUUGAACACUCAACCUUCGGCUCCUGCAAAUCGGCCGGCAGUUGGACCAAAGAGGACGACAUCCAAAUCUAGCGAAUAUUCAGCAGAGAUACCCGCUCAAGGAGACAAUAUUGACGAUGAUAUUGACCUACCGGAAUAUGAACCAGAGGAAGAUCUGGUUUUAAAACGAGCGUUGAGCAAUUUGCCAAAAGGAGUUGAUCAGGAGUCUGCCAAACAAAUCUUCAAAGAAAUCGUGGUACAUGGAGACGAAGUGCAUUGGGAUGACGUUGCUGGUCUUGAACUUGCAAAGACGGCUCUGAAAGAAGCUGUUGUGUACCCUUUCCUUCGACCAGAUCUUUUCAUGGGACUUCGUGAACCAGCCAGAGGCAUGCUGCUAUUUGGUCCUCCAGGAACUGGAAAGACUAUGAUAGCCAGAGCAGUUGCUACUGAAUCUCAAUCCACAUUCUUCUCAGUCUCGGCUUCAAGUUUAGCUUCCAAAUGGCAUGGGGACAGUGAGAAGCUGGUUAGAGCCCUCUUUGGAUUAGCUAAAGCGUUAGCCCCAUCCAUAAUAUUCGUUGACGAGAUUGACGCGCUGCUCUCCUCACGAUCUCGGUCCAGCGAGGCAGAAGUCUCCAGGCGUAUAAAAACGGAAUUUCUUAUCCAAUGGUCUGAUCUACAGCGAGCUGCCGCGGGCAGAGAACAAAAUUCCAAGGAUAAGAAAAUGGGCGAUGCAUCACGAGUUUUAGUUCUCGCGGCAACAAAUAUGCCCUGGGAUAUAGACGAUGCAGCUCGGCGCCGGUUUGUUCGAAGGCAGUAUAUACCUCUUCCGGAACCUGAGGUGCGAAAACUACAACUACAGAAGCUACUGAGCCAUCAGAAGCAUGAGCUCUCAGAGGCCGAUAUCGAUAGAUUAUCUAGUCUUACAGAAGGUUUUUCUGGAUCCGAUAUCACUGCUCUUGCAAAGGAUGCAGCUAUGGGCCCAUUACGCAACUUAGGCGAGGAUCUCCUUCAUAUCCCAAUGGAAAAGAUAUCCCCUAUUUCCUUUAAGGAUUUCGAAGCCUCGCUACUUUCAAUCCGCCCCAGUGUCAAUCAAGACGGAUUGGAUCGUUAUGAUGAAUGGGCAAAGAACUUUGGAGAAAGAGNNNNAUAA